UGCGGGAUAACUACACGAUAAUUCUAUAUGUCAAAAGUGAGCAAAGGCAAAGGGGUCGCCGGGACUUUUUUUUGAUAUUUCGUUAAAUCGUGAAGCAUACUUUUGCGGAUUCUCGACGCUGAUCCGGCUGACGAAAAUGGAAGGCGAAGCAAAGCAUAAUAUCGAUGAGCUCGUUGAUAAUUUAAAACAGGUCGUGAGACUUGAUACCUCACAAGAUGAAUGUUCUAAUAUCCUUCAGAUAUUGGAUUCUGUGGUGAAUGUUAGCAAAACUUCGAUUGGAGUAUAUGGUUUUAGAGACAUCGGAACUAGUCAUUGAUGAAGUUUUCCUGACGUUGCUUGGACACCAGUCUAAACAGAUUGUAGCAAAAACAACAAAAGCCAUUGCAGAGAUUGCAAAGAUUGAAAGGGGAAGGGAGAAAUGUACCAAUGUAGGGUUGAUACAAACACUGAUUGACUUGCUGAAGAAGAAGGAUAUAGAUAUACUGACGCAGGCUUCCAGAGCUCUAGGAAAUAUCUGUUAUGAAAAUGAGAAUGGUAAAAAACUGGUGCGCGAGCAAGAUGGGCUGAAAAUAAUUUUAACAGUGCUGAAAGAAAGUAUUGCGUUAAAAAACACCGAGGGUGCCAGCUUUCUGCGAAACGUGGCUGCUGGUUUUUUAUUAAAUUUUUUAGUGGAUCAGGAAGCAUUGCAUGAAGAGGCACUUAAAGAAGACAUAGUACCCACUAUUUGCAGUAUCUUGGAGGAAGAUGGAACCAGCGGUAGCGAAGUGGCAGUGCACGCAUUACUCAUUCUUAGCUUAUUAAACGACGCGAACAUUAUAUUUCUCGAUGAGAGAUUAACGAGAGUUCUGGUUAACAUAUUGAUCAGCGACACUUCCUCCGAGUUAUGUGAAAUGUGUUUGGAAUUAUUACAUGGUCAAGCCGAAGAUGAAAAAGCAAAGUUGUUGCUAGCCAAAACAGGAGUGUGCGAUUUGCUUCUAAAGUUAUUAGAAAAACACGGUCCACAUUGCAACGACGAAGAAACGCGGUUUGUUCUCAAAGUUGCUUGUAAUUUAAUCGUUUUAAUCUUAACUGGAGAUGACAGUAUGAAUUUCCUUUAUGAUGACAGCAACGGCCCUGUUUACAAAAAGUUGGUAGAAUGGCUAGAGAGUAUCGACGAAGACUUACAGAUUACUGCUGUUUUGGCUAUGGGCAAUUUUGCACGAACCGACAUACAUUGUAAGCAUAUGGUCGAACAGGGCAUUCAUCGGAAACUGCUAAAACUCCUCCAAAAGAACGACAGCAAGUCUGGCGAUAUCAGAUGCCAGCACGCCUUACUCAGCGCAUUACGCAAUCUCGUCAUACCUAUGGACAACAAAUCGCUAAUACUCGCCGAUGGUCUGAUCGAUGUGCUUUAUCCGAUGUUGGACAUCCCUACUUUUCCCGUUGUUUUCAAAUUACUGGGAACGCUUAGGAUAGUCAUAGACGGCCAAAGAGAAGCAGCAAUCUCCUUAGGACGAAGGGAGGACCUGAUCAAGCGAGCGGUUGAAUGGUGCAGUAUCGCGGACCAUCCUGGCGUUCAGGGUGAAGCGAAUCGUUUAAUCGCUUGGAUAAUGAACAAUAGCAGGGACAAGCAGAUUGCCUUGUCCAUUAUCAAAUACGGAGCAGUGCAGCACUUAGUUAAUAUGCUUCUGGCACAGCAUACAUUAAUGCAAAAUGAAGCAAUACUGUGUUUGACGAUAUUGACGAGGAUCUGUCCGACGGAAUCUGAGGAGUUGCUGAUUGAGGCAAACCUUGGGAGCAACAUGCGCGAAUUUUUUAAAGCGCGCGAUGAUCUCGACAUGCAUAUUGUGCUAAACGCGCUAUCUCUAUUGGAUAGCGUCGUGCAAUCAGAUCGGUUGAAAGAACAUCUCAAAAACUGUGGAUUAGCUGAUGCUUGUAAAACUUUGCAGUUGAACAAAAAUGAAAAUAGUGCUAAUGCAGAAAUCUGGACGCGUGUCACUGAACUGCAAACCGCGCUGUGCACUGCCUUCGGUAUGAGCUAGGAACUUGAUAAGUUCUAAAAACAAAACUGGAUGACCAAUUCAAACAUUACGCAUUCACAUGUGCUGCCAUUGUUGUAUCUUCCAUUCAUUCCAAAGAGCUAUGCAAACUUCUCCAAUGACCAAAUCAUCAUUCGACUUGAUCCACAGAGAUUGCAAAAUGUACUUUAUUUAUUGAGAAAUAUAUAUAGAGUAUGUAUUUCUA